AUGUCGUUAAGCCUUCUUUUAGAAAAGUACGAUGUGUCUACAGACGAAGGGUUACAGAAAGCACUCAACGAGAUUGAAAAGGAAGAGGCUGAAGUGGAUGAGGCCUUAUCUGGAGUCUUAUCCCGGGCAUGUAGCCUAGAGGGUAAGCUACGUACUGCUAGCCAGGCUUAUACGAAGCUUGGUGAAGUGAAGGCAGAUGCUCAGGUCGCCGCCGACAUGGUUGACAAGACUGCCGGUCUUGCGAGGGACGUCAGUGCUAAAGUGCGACAGUUAGACCUUGCCAGAUCUCGAGUAGCUGAGUGCCAACGUCGUGUUCAUGACCUCAUAGACUUGCAGCUGUGUAGUGCUGGAGUAGAAGCUGCAAUCAAGGCACAUGACUAUGAAACUGGUGCUGGUCACGUGUCCCGCUUCCUGAGCAUGGACCCGGGCUCUGUAGCGGCGGCGAGGGCGCGCGGCGCUCCCGACCCCAGGGACGCCAUGACACGCGCUGCUAACACUCUGCGCGAACAUCUUGUACGCAAGUUUGAAGAGGCAGCUCGCAAAGAAGACGAGGCUAGUGUGGAGCGGCUAUUUAAGCUGUUCCCACAGAUAGGUCGCGCAGAGGAAGGCGUAGAUUUAUUAGCCAAGUAUCUUGCCACACAAACGGAGGCGGGCAUCCGGCGCGCGUGCGUGGUGUCGGGCGCGGAGGCGGGCGCGGCCGUGUUCGCGGACGCGGUGACGCGCGUGGUGGAGGCGGCGGGCGCCGGCCUGCAGCGCGCCGCCCGCGCCGCCGCGCCGCACGCGCCCGGCCUGCUGCAUCGCGCGCUCAGGGCCAUACAACCCGCUGUGUGUGCGGGCGUCCGCCGCGUGUACAAUGAGAUGGUGAUCACCCGGCGCCUGGAGGCGGAGCCCCGCGCCGGCAGCUCCCCGCUGAGCGCGGAGCCCGUACUGGCCGAGCUGGCGCUCACGCACUCCAGGAUCUGGCUCUACUUCGCAUUCGUCAGGAGGAAGGCCGAGGCCGACACAGCCGGAGUUAAAGAAGCUGAGAAGAAAGUCUGUAUAGAUGCAGUUGAAAAGAUCAUAGCGGAGUGCGACCUCAUGCGGACUGCACAGGAUAUACUAGCACAUUAUCUAGCUCUGGAAAGGUAUUUCCUGGAGGAGAGUGUAAACAAAGCCUUGAAGUUGGCAACACCACAAGCCGGGGUCACUACGUCAAGUCUCGUCGACGAUGUGUUCUUCAUAGCCAGGAAAGUAAUAAGGUUCGUGUGUAAAUAUCCGAUCUAA